AGAAAAAGCCAAAGAUUGCUCUCAACUUUAAUCUUGAUGAAAGCACGGACAACGAAAAAAAUCCUGAUAGGUAAUGAGUUUUAAUAUUUAAAAAGGUUACAAAAAUUGCAAUGUGAUUUAUUAAACCCUACACAUACAAAACUGACCGUUUAUAUAUUGUUUUUGCAGUGAGGAAGAGAAAAUCCCACAGUAUAAGUAUAGGGAAGUUGUGAGAGGCAAGGAUAAACGGGCAAAGUUGAACGGAUAUUUCUGUGCUGAUUGUGAGAAGGUAAUACAUCUCCUAUUGCUAAAUAUCAAUCGAUGUUGGAUGCCAUGCAGAAUUCAAAAGAAAUUAAAGUAAUUAAGUGUUUCGCAUGGUGCGAUAAAUCGCGUACUUAUACGUACCAGAGGUAUGCCAAUAUUAGGGCCUGGUACUUCUUUGUGUACUUACGUAUCAGAGGUACUUCUUUGUUUUCAACCAAAUACCACGUAGGUACACGGAACUCUUGCUCUAUGCGUACUUGCGUUUUGCUGAUACCAUAUACCAUAUACCGUAUAUAGGUAUACGUAACGUUAUAUAUAGGUAUGUCUAACAUGUCUUGGUACAAGAAUGGCUGGACUGAUUGAUGGGACUAAGAAAUGUUGGAGCCAAUUCUAGUGUUUGUGUAUGCAAUUGCCGUCCUUCCUGUUCUAACUUGUAUUUCGGGUUACUGAAUAAAUACCUUUCAGAAACCUCUACUUUAUGUUCAUAAUUUCAAAGAGUGAAUAUACCGUGAGUCUUAAAUUUGUACCAGAUCAAGUACGAGGCAAUCAUUAGAGUACCAGUCUGCAGGUAUGACUAAAAAUCUCGCGAAUUAUCGCACCCUGCGUUUUGAAUAGUUUUGAUCAAUUCGAAAACUAGAGCUACCAUUAUGUUUUAUGCAGUAUCAGGCUAAUAAACAAUUAAAAGUUUUUCAACAGAGAAUGCUAUUUAAGGCAAAGGAGUGUAUAAGUUUAAGAUUGAAAAAAAAAUCUAUGGAAGCGAAAUCAUAGCCCUUGGAAAUGUGUGAAAAAACACCAAAAUUGUGCUAAAUUGGCAGUCGGUAUUUUUAAGAUUUAAUUUCUCAAAGAGAUGCACGGUAUUAUAUUUUAUACUUUGUAAAACAGAUAAUCUCGAAGUAUUCAAUCAGGCGGCAGUGGUUACCAGUUGGUUGAAAUUAAUUUUGGGAGAAAAAAGAUUGACAAUCUCUGAGUUCUGGCAAUCCGUCAUACCAUUGGCAAAUAUCAUAUCUUCAUACCAUAUGACAAAGCAACGAAAUCCAAGAACAUUGAACAAAAAACAAAAAAGAAUUUAUUCAUUCUUAAUUAUUUUCAAUUAGUUAUAACCGAAUUUCAUUCCAUAACGAUUAAAGGACAAUGACAAUAUAAGAUUUUUAUUGUCUCGUUUGAAAGAAGGUAAAAAUUAUCUCUAAAAUAUUCUAACAGAUUUGAUUCUUGAAAUAUUUUGACUGAAAAAAAAACAAUAAGCUGUCCGCCAUCUUGGAUUAAUUCUUCAUCUCAUUAACUAUCAUCAUGAGUGGGGUUGGUCUUAUAAAACAACUUCCAGGUUACUGAGUAAGUUCAAACAUUUAUGUUCUUUUCCAUUUCAGUAUUUUGGCAGUCUAAAAUUGAGCGAAGCAGAAAUACAGGAACGUCUGAAGGCAUGCUCAAGGCAUCGCGCCCGAUUCUCCCCUCCGCCCAGCACACCCGAACAUUUCUGGCAGGUUGAUUUUAUGAACACGAAUGAAUAUAUCGAGAAAGGUUAUAUGAGAACUGAAUCUGAAUUACCGCGCGAGAAAAGGAAACUUAAAAGUCGAAGGUUCAAAUUAGGAAAGCAACAGAAAUCAUAAAUUAAGCUAUUAUAGAUGAAUGUCUAAUGUUAAUUUAAAGUUGCAAUAAGGUUGUUGUCAAGCCCAGUUCCCAGUUGUUGUAACAAGUCUGAAACACGUUGUUGUCACCUUGUUACAAGGUUGAUGACGGCAAUAGACUUGCUACAAGUUUGUUCCAACAAGACAAAUACCAAGGCUGUUUGUUGUCAUCAACUUGUUGACAACUUGUUACGUGCAUGCAGACGUGUUCGGACUUGUGGAAACAACUUGUUGCGAGUCUGUUGGCCUCAUCAAUCUUCAAUGAGGCUCCCAGGCCAAGGAGAUAUUUGUGG